UUUCAUGCAUAUCUCAAGGUACGUGAUCCACAGCACUGGGCUCUGUGAUCAGCAGGCAAACGCUGCAGGCUCCGGUAUGGAUACAGUGUCCAGUGCUUGGGGUGGAUUCGGGUGGGCAAAGCCAAGUCUACCAUGGCUGAGGCAGCUGUGGUGCUUUUUAAGGAUCGACACGAAUAUGAGGGUGUCUUUAUCGAUGUGAGCCAAGGCCAUUGUAUGGAUGAUCUUAGUGCUAGGAUUGUGGGCUGUUGAUACCUCAUUGCUGAUGGGGGAUUUAAGGGAUGAGCAGAGGAGAGUCCAGUGGGAAAGGCAGCAGCCUCGGUCCAGCAACCCCCUCUUUCUACAGGCGUCCUCCUAGAAUUAGGACCAGGCACAUAGCCAGGUUUCUAGUGAAAGUUCUAGAGUCCCGGCCGUGUGUGUUCCGAUGGGUCAGAGAAUGUCUUCAUGUGUUCCCUGAGCUUUUACUUAACAACAGCAGGACCACAAGUGAUGUUCCCUUUAGAGCUGGAUGGAAAAGUAAUCUGACUACAAUUCACAGACAACUGGAGGCUGAGGACUCCUUCCACUUUGACUUCAAAUGGGAGCCUCUCAGAAUGCGCAUGCCGGGGAGCAAAGACUGGAGUGAAAUCCUCAUACUCUUCGGUGCCUCUCGGUGGAUCCCAACAGCCACUUUGCACCAUUCACUACCACGGAGCCAAACCUGCUCAUAGAACCCUUCACCAUAACUUCUUUCCACUACACAGAGACUGCUGAAAAGAAUCUGGAAGAUUUUUAUUAAACAAUGACUAUAAAAAAAUAGAUUUCAUUGCUUGGUAGACAGGUAGAGUCUCUCCAGGUUGCUAAAGGGCUAACCUGUACCAAAUAGAUUUCAAGCUUUAAAGGGAUUAAGCCAAAAGGAACUUAAAAUUCCACAUGGUUUAUACAGUUCUGCAUUCUGAAGCCCUCCCUGCCAUGCCCAGCAAUUUUAUGGAUCAAGAAUCUGAGGUAUAGGAAGUUUAGGGAAGGAUUUAAUUUGCAGAGAAAGUGGAAGAACUGAAGCUUAAGCCCUAGUUUCCUGACUGUAAAUCCUGUACUUAUUUCCAACUGUCUCUCAUUCAGAUUGUGGGAUUCGACUGCCUCAGAAACCUACAGAUGACAUAAUGGGUAUUCCCAAGGGGGCAUUGAAGCAGGGACUAAUUUUGCGCGAGGCUGGACUUUGGAGUCCUGGUUCUGACCUAGCACCUUCUUCUCUCCUCCCUCCCCUCCUUUUCACAGCCACCUGAAAACUCUGGCUCAGGCAGGGGCAGGAGGAGCAGCUUCUACUUUGUAGCCUUUUUCUUUUCACCAGCUGCGAAGUUCAGGGAGUUGAACUGCUGUGCUGUGAGUUCACUGCUCACUCUGCCGCGGUCAACCUCUGUUGUAAAUUUUCCUCCCAGAACACGUGACGAUGCAUUUCUUGACUAUAUAUCCCCGACUGCAGCAGCCGAGCUGUCAGAGUGCGCGCAGGACGCAAAAGCGGAGCGCUCUUGGACCUGACGAUUUAGGAAUUCAGAGGAACUGCCAGCCUUGGACCCCGGCUGCAUGUGCCGUGCUUCAAUGCUGAAGAUGGAGACUCUGAACAGCACACACCCCAGCACCGCAGCCUCCAGUAGCCCCCUGGAGUCCCAUGUGCCCAGCAGUGGCAGCGGCAACGGCAAUGAAUAUUUCUACAUUCUGGUUGUCAUGUCCUUCUAUGGCAUUUUCUUGAUUGGAAUCAUGCUGGGUUACAUGAAAUCCAAGAGGCGAGAGAAGAAGUCCAGCCUCCUGCUGCUGUACAAAGAUGAAGAGAGGCUCUGGGGAGAGGCCAUGAAGCCGCUGCCCAUGGUUUCAGGCCUGAGGUCAGUGCAGGUGCCCAUGAUGCUGAACAUGCUGCAAGAGAGUGUGGCCCCUGCGCUGUCCUGCACCCUCUGCUCCAUGGAAGGGGACAGCGUGAGCUCCGAGUCUUCUUCCCCAGAUGUGCAUCUCACCAUCCAGGAGGAGGGGGCAGACGACGAGAUGGAGGAGACUUCAGAGACGCCUCUCAACGAAAGCAGUGAAGGGUCCUCUGAGAACAUCCAUCAGAAUUCCUAGCACCCCCAGGGAUCCUGAGGUGGCUCUGCCAGCCAGCAGCACCCUUAGAAAAAGAAAAGACAUCAUCAAGUGUCCGGUUUCACUUUUGCAGUGCAGCUGCCACUUUGAAAAGGCCCUCAGAUAGCCCCUGAAAUAGGGGAGGGCGAGAGACAAGGCUCAGCUGGAGGUGCCUGCGAUUGGGACCUGCCACCUGAAAAGCCCCAAAGACGUGCAGUGUGUUCAUUUACUUUGGGGUCUGGAUUUCAGGGUUCCUGUUCAGCCUUUGGUCGGAUGAUGUGCUUGUCAUUGUCUCACUGGAUGUCCAGGGUCACUUGUGCAGCAUCUGCCUUUUGCUGGGGCUGCUAAAUGCCUAGGGCAGGCUGAGGGACUAGUCUUGAUUUGCUAAUUUGCCUAGAGCUUUGUUCUUCUAGAUCUAAUUGGCUGUAAGUAUCUCUACUAUGUACCUGUGGCAUUAGUUCACAGAGGGUUACAAGCUGCUUUUGGAGGUCUUUGGAUAAGAGGGGAAAUUUUAAUGAAUGAUUUUAGAUAGGAGAAAGCUGGAGAUCUGAGCUCAACCUGUUUGCACAAUGUAAGGGAAAAAAGCAACUUUUUAAAUCUGUUAACAUUAGCUGGGGUUAUAAGAGAUGAUCUGCUAUUUUGAUCUUUUGUCUCAUCUAUGACCUUGAACUUGUGCCUGUCCAACAUUAGAUGCUGGCAUGAUGCUCUUUUGGUCAGAGAGCUCCCCCAGAAUCUAUCCUGCACUCUGGCCAUGCAGGGGGCUCUUCCUGAUCUUUCCAGAAGGAGUGUUGGUGGAGUUGAACAAGGCCAAGCUGUUUUCUUGUUUUCCCAGCCUAGUUUUCUGAGCUGGGAGAGGACAUACUACGGGACUCACAAUGUGGUAUUUCGUCACGUAGCUGAGACCUAAAAGGGCAUAUUCAAGCAGAGAUUGCACAAAGCUGGGGUCCAAGUCUAUGUUUGCUGAUCCCAAGCCCUGACGCUCAUCUGCUGUGUGGUCCUGGGCAUGUCUUCAAGAGGCUUGUUGCCUUCAUGAGGCUCCUGAGGAUGUGCAGCCCCAGGGGGCUGGGAGGAUUUCAGGACUCUGUGAUAAAUGCUCCAUGGCCUGGUGUGAGGAAGCUUGGACCAAAUAUUUCCCCUUUUGCCAGUUAGUCUGAAAAAGGAUCUUCUGAUUUAAAGGAGCAGUUGGAGACUCUUGUGUAUGUGUAACUGGGGAAUUUGGGGCUGAUCACCAGCUAUCCCUGCUGUCAUUUUCCCAGGAUUAAACUAAAAAGGCAGAUACCACAUUUUCCUCUGCACAGUUCUCUGGAUGGUGGGUUGUGAACACUCCCAACUAAGGGAAAGAGAAGUCUGGAAGGAAAUGCUCAGGAAUGCUUGUCAGUAUGUAUUCUUGUGGUCAGUAGCUUUGUAGCAGAAUCUCUCAGCCACUGGAGACAACACCAAAACAUCAGAUUUAAUUCUAGUAAAAAAAAAAAACUUAAAAAAAUACAUAUAUAUAUAUAUACUCUCCCUGGAUUGGAGGUACAGUGAUAACUGCUGUUCCCAUGGAAGGGUUAACAGUAUAGGAGCUGGUUCAUCAGUCUGCCUUGAUACAGAACUAGAGGAAAUUUGUUGGUGGGAGAAAGGCUCUCUGUUCACUUUAAAACUCAGAGUGUGGAUUUACUCCAAAGGGGGCCAUUUAAGUUGAAAGAAGCCAAGUUGAGUUUGGCCUCUUGCCUGGAAUCACUUGAAUUCUGAAACUUCACUGCGACGGACAUGUGCCUUGUCACAUUUUCCAUUGCUUAAUCCUGAAGUUUGGUGCAAGUCUAUCUGCGCCUGUUAAAAAGUGAUGUAUAUACUUCCUGUUUAUUCUAUUGAGUUGUAUAGAAUUGUCUUUUGUAUUUAAUGGUUUGUAAUUUUCACAGUUUUUUUUAAUUUAAAUAAACAAACACAUUUUCCCCCCCUGGGAA